AACCUUACUUGCAUCAAAAUCAAAUUCCAUACUUCAUCUUAUCCUUUGCAUUCGUAGAAGAAAAAGAGAAGACAACAACAAUGGGAGUCUCUCACUUCCUUUGUUUUGCCAUUGCUUCUUUGCUAUGUUUGGCCCUGGUCUGCCCCUCCCACGCCCAGAACUCACCACAGGACUAUCUCAAUGCCCACAACGCGGCACGGAGGCAGGUCGGGGUCAGGCCGAUGGCGUGGGACGACAAGCUCGCCACCUACGCCCGUAACUACGCCAACAAGCACAUUGGGGACUGCAAGAUGGUCCACUCUGGUGGGCCCUAUGGCGAGAAUCUGGCCUGGAGCAGCGGCGACAUGUCGGGCACGGCUGCAGUGAAAAUGUGGGUGGACGAGAAGGCCAACUACAACUACAACUCCAACACCUGCGCUCCGGGCAAGGUCUGCGGGCACUACACCCAGGUGGUUUGGGGCAAGUCUGUCCGGCUGGGCUGUGCCAAGGUCAGGUGCAACAGCGGAGGAACGUUCAUCGUCUGCAGUUAUGACCCUCGUGGAAACAUCGUCGGGCAGAAACCUUACUAAGAAUGCUCGGCGCCAUUUGUCGUGGCCUUUUGAUACUAAAUAACGUCGCACGUACAUUCAUAUUACAUAUACGAUGUAACUAUAUGUAUGUGCAAUGUAAUAAGUUCUAUGAAACAAUAGAAUUGUCUUAAGCAAGAGAAAUUCCGCCAUACAGCAGAAUUUGUCAGAUUCCUAUAAUUUCAAGUAGAAAUUAAUGCCGGGGAA